AUGCCGACAGCUUUCACCAUUGGAAUUAUCCAAAUAACCUCAGGUGUGGUCAGCACCAUUUUGGCAAUAUUGGGAUGGAUACUACUAGAUGAAAUUCGUCAUGAAUAUUUGUUAAUUUCCACUGCUUUACCUACAAUAGCGAUGUUCUUAUGUGGUAUGUGCGCCAUCGGUUUCGUACGAAAAUCUUUGCAUUCUCUGUUAAUUGGCAUCAUAUUUUUUGCAACGAUUUGCGUGGCUAGCGAGAUUUUCAGUAUUGCGUCUCACUCUUACAUCAUUUACAUAUUUUCAAGAAGGAAUUCCAAAGUUGUCGAGCUAGCAGUUGCAAGUAUUUCGCUUAUUCUAUCGUGUAUUUUUGGAGUAUUUAAUGGCUAUGUCAUUAUCAAGUUUGCUCGCUAUCUCGUUACCGUCAAUGCCUCAUUCGAAGGAGACGCUACACAAAGUAAUAAUCAACAAUCUGGAAUGGCUUCCACUACAACCCCAGUCGACGCACACUUUCUGUUCUUCGGAUUAUUCGGCCCAGGCUUGUUUCAGCUAGUAUCUGGAGGUGUUACACUUGUACUUGGUAUAGUUAGUCUAGUAGUUCUUCAAGGAGGUUUUGCACCAGCUACCUGCUAUCUCGGAAGUAUUACUACCUGGUCUUUGAUCACUUCGAAAUGGGCAUGUCUUUGGUCUUUUGCUCUAAUAGUUUCAUCCACACUUUAUCUCGUUUUUAACAUCAUUGGAAGACGAAUUUUUGCGGCCUAUAUUGCAUUUUAUGUUUUAGUCAUGAUAGCUGGUUUGCUUAAUUUGGUGGGUUCAGCAAUCAUUACCUUCAAAAUGGCGAGUUUGGAGGAAGUUCCAGUUUUCAAAUUGACGCUAUUUAAUCGAUUACGAAUGCCAAUAACAUCACAAAAUAUCACUUUUGGCAUUACUUUAUGCUGCUUUGGCUUUCUCUUUAUAAUUGUUACAUUUAUAGAACCUUUUGUUGGAAUUCCAACACACCUACUAUAUACUUUCGCUACUGGCUGCCAGUUAAUAUUAGCUGGCCAAUUAGGCAAUAACUUGGCAUUUAAAUAUUCGGAAGAUUUGGUGGCGUCUUAUUUUAUCAUAAAUUUCAUGGCAUCGGCGUUUAUUACAACUUAUCUUGGAUUACUAAUUGCUGAAUGUACAUCACUGCCAUUUAUCUUAACACAAAGACCAGCAUCAAUAGCUAUGGCUAUAGUAAAUUUUGUCUUAAUAGCGCCUGCCUUAAUUAUCAGCUUAUAUGAAACUGUAAUUACUGGAUAUCGUUCAGGAAUUUGUAUCUGUGGAGACAGGCCUGCAGUCGCUAUGAUUGAGAAUACUUAUGAUGCUAGCGAACAGGCUCAAGAAACUAAUUCACCAAUAGACAAUCUUAACCAUACUUUUGCUAUACAAGAUGAUACAAAACAUUCCAUUCAAGACAUAUCUGGAGAAACACAGAUAUAA